AUGGCGCCCCGAUUCAACCUCCCUCCAUUAACGAAAUACCUCCUCGCUACCCUGUUUAUCUUCACACUCCUCAACGCCAUACUACGACCAUACAGCAGCUGGGUAGAAGGCGCCGAAAAAGCCGGCAUCAGCAAGGGAGAUGGCGCGCCCUAUUUAGCCAUCGUGCCCCGGCAGUCCAUCGUCUACCCCUGGGUGUGCCUGACCGCGGCACUGGUGGAGCAGAACAUCUUUGGCCUGUUGAUCACCGGUGCGACAGUCUUCUAUGGCGGACGCUACCUCGAGCGCGCGUGGGGCUCGUCAGAGUUUGCGAAGUUCAUACUCUUCGUUGCUAUGAUACCCAACAUCCUGAGCUGGGUGCUGUACUAUUUGUUCUUUGCUCUAUCUGGCAGCGACAGGGCUCUCAACACCACAAUAUCCGGUGGCAUCCAACUCCAAGCCGCCUUCCUCGUCGCCUUCAAGCAGCUCGUCCCCGAACACACCGUCGCCAUCGCCAAAGGCUUCAUCCGCAUGCGCGUGAAGCAUUUCCCUGCCAUCUUCCUCCUCGGCAACACCGUCUCCGGCCUAGUCUUCGGCACCGAGACCGCGCUCUUCCUCGCCUGGUUCGGCUUCUUCACGUCGUGGAUCUACCUCCGCUUCUACCGCACCAGCCCAUCUUUGUCGUCUACGGCGACCGGGGAGUCGGGGACCGUGAAGGGCGACGCAUCGGAUACGUUCAGCUUUGCGCACUUCUUCCCGGAUCCGGUUCAGACGGUUCUUGCGCCUGUGGCGGAUAAGGUGUAUGAUACGCUGGUUACGCUGAGGAUAUGCAGCCCGUUCUCAGACGAGGACAUCGAUGCGGGGAAUGAGCAGGCGUCGGCAAGGGCCGAGGGAGGUCUGCCCAGCCUGAUGAACGUUGGCGGUCGCGCCGGCAGAGGAGGUGGCAGGAGAGAGGAAGCUGAGCGGCGGAGAGCGCUGGCGCUCAAGGCACUGGAUCAGAGGUUGCAUGCCGCAGCGAAUAGGCCUCACACUGCCGCGGCUCCACCUGCCACCGCGGUGCCGUCGAUCCCGGAAGAAACAAACUAUGAAGUGGAACGUGGAGAGCGUCCGCCGAAGGAGGCUCAGGCAUGA